CACUAGCAGAAAGAUUUCAAUAUCGACGCGUACUCGACGCUCUCUCGAGUCUCUCGGACCGUUCUUUCGUAGUGUCGCAUAGUGCGAGAGAGUGAUAAGUGGUGUUUAUUCGCGGGAGAAAUCACCCCCCAGCUAAAGAGAGGCACGACUUCUCGGUUCUCGACGACAUUUGUUGACGGGCAACGAUGUCGGACACGAUUGUGGAUGAACGAGUGACUGAUGAGAUUGAAGCAUUGAAAGCAAUUUUAUUGGAUAAUGAGCUCAACAUCAAGGAAAAUGAUAGAGGAGAGCCGGAAUGUAUCGAGACGAUAUUGUUUCCAUCAACCGGCGAGGAUUCACAAUCACAAUAUGUUUGUGUCACACUAAUUGUACGAUUACCCUUGGGUUAUCCCGAUGUCUCGCCUACUAUCAGUCUAAGAAACCCAAGAGGAUUGGACGAAGAUACAGUAAAGCUGAUGCAAUCCGAUGCUGAGGCCAAAUGCAAGGAUUUCAUAGGUCAGCCAGUCAUGUUUGAAUUAAUCGAGUUAAUACGAGAACACCUGACGAGAAGCAAUCUUCCCACCGAUCAGUGCGCUGUAUGCUUGUACGGCUUCCGCGAGGGGGAUGAAUUUACAAAGACGGAAUGUUAUCACUAUUUUCAUUCUCACUGCUUGGCGGCACACGUGGCCGCUGCCGAGAAAUAUUACAGGGAAGAACAAGAAAAAUUACCGCAAUGGCAACAAGAUACUACAAACAAAUUCCAAGCUAUAUGCCCCGUUUGUCGGGAAUCUAUUAACUGCGAUGUUGAAAGUUUAUGGUCGGCACCGCCACCGAUCGAUGUCGAAGCUGCCACUGAUUUUUCUGUUACUGCCGAACUGAGAGAACUGCAGAAACACAUGGCCGCUCUGUACCUGCGACAGCAACAACGGGGCGGCAUAAUCGAUCUGGAGGCCGAAGGUGUUAAGAUGUUAGUGAGAACGGAGGACGAUCCCGCCGCUGCUGCGGAAGUUAGUCCUCCUGGCACGAGCUUAAAUGCAUAUUCAAAUACCACUACUAUGCAAUCAGUUACUCAAGUGCAGCACUCAAAGCAGUCGACGCAUCAGUCACAAAACCAUCAUUCACAGUAUCAAUCGCGUCAGCACAAUCACGGGCACAACAAUCACGGUCAUCGGCACCGAGGACGCGGUCGAGCCCAUUACCGGCGUCACUUUGACAAAGUCAGGCAGACAGAAGCUACUCCCAGAUGACAAUGGGCUCGUGAUAAGUUUAUUGCCCAAGUCUGGUCUGGUCUUAUCUUCGUUCUUUCGCUAAGUGUAUACAAUAUUUUAUUUAGCAUUAAUAGCAUAAUCGUCAGUGUAAUAUAUGAUGGCUGUUUGUCCUCCUCGAAUAGUCUCAUCGCGAUAAUAAAUUUAUAGGUGUCGUUGUUCGACGACAGCAUUCCCAUCGCUGUCGCCACGACGACGAUGGGAUGCGUCGCGAUUUCCUAUCAGAACUGUCUACGUAGAUCGAAGCCAUGGUGCUCUUUCUUCGAACAAUUCGUAAUCGUACAAAGUAGUUGAUAUUGUUUUGUCUUAGUUCCUUUUUCUUCUCUUUCUAUAUUAUUUAAUUCACGCGGAAUCUCGUGACAUUCAUUGGUUCUCUUCGUCUUUCAUAAAAUAUAAAUAAUGUUGAUGUUCCAAAUUCUAAAGAAAAUCAGUGAUCAAAUUUUAAUUAAAAUAGUGUUUUUUUCGUGACAUAAAAAAA